ACAACACCACGGAGGCUUGCUAUUGGUCAGUUCCUCCGUAGUGGGUCUCGUGCUUGCAGAGCCGCGUUCCUUCCUCUCGCUGAAGAGGCGUUGUUCGUCUCGCUCUCUGCUCACUCUGCGACUUCGGCCGACGCAGAUUUCCGCUUCCUGCACCGAUAAACACCAGCAGCAGCGGCGGCAGCAGCAACAACAGCCAGCACACACACACACCGAGCCGACGUGAAGCGAGGCGGGGACGGAGACCAGUGGCUUUUCGCUCGCCCUACUGUCGGGACCAGAGCUCUGCCGCCAGGUUUCGGACAUGUUCUCCGCCGUUGGUCGCUGAUUAGCAACGAACCGGAGCAACUUUCCGUUAGCGCUCGCGAGCGCGUUCCCACGUUCACUGCAGCCUGGAGCCUUUUUUACCCCCUUGAACAGAGCCGCUAAAAGGGACGAAGAGAAGGACCGGCACUCUUUCCCCCCCUCACUACCAUUAGCUCCGACUGAAAGACCCCCGCGUCCUUUGAGCCUCCAGGAUGUCGGAGCGAGGAGGGCUCCCGCGGACUGGGGGCGUCCCUUCGCCGCACAUGCAGCCCUCCAAGCCGGUGAGCAUCACCUCCAACCGGCCCGUCCACAUGAACCUCUACGCCACCUGGGAGGUCGACCGAUCCUCACCCAGCUGCGUGCCGAGGCUCUUCAACCUGACCCUGAAGAAACUGAUCAUGCUGAAGGAGCUGGACAAAGAUCUCACUUCAGUGGUCAUCGCCGUCAAGCUGCAGGGCUCCAAACGGAUCCUGCGCUCCAACGAGAUCCUGCUUUCCUCGGCCGGACUGACGGAGACCGACCUGCAGCUCACCUUCUCCCUGCAGUACCCUCACUUCUUGAAGAGGGAUGCCAACAAGCUUCAGAUCAUGCUGCAGCGGCGGAAGAGAUACAAGAACCGCACCAUCCUGGGCUACAAGACCCUGGCUCUGGGGCUCAUCAACAUGGCCGAGGUGAUGCAGCACCCCAGCGAGGGUGCCCAGGUUCUGGGGCUCCACAGCCAGCUGAAGGAUGCUUCUGUUCCUGUCGCCGAGGUCAGGGUCUACUCCCUGUCCAGCCAGCCCAUCGACCACGAGGGACCCAAAGCCAAGAUGUCUGAUCGUUCUCCAGACAUCGACAAUUAUUCUGAGGAGGAGGAAGAGAGCUACUCGUCUGAGCAGGAGGGCAGCGAUGACCCUGUUCAUGGGCAGUAUCUGUAUGAUGAAGAUGACGAGGUGAGGAAGAAGAAGCCGAGGCGUAAACUGCCUCCCAAUGCCAGCAGCACCAGGCAACCCAACAUCAAGCAGAAGUUUGUCGCCUUGCUGAAGAGGUUUAAAGUCACCGAUGAGGUUGGGUUCGGCCUGGAGCACGUGUCGAGGGAACAGAUCCAGGAGGUGGAGGAAGACCUCGACGAGCUCUACGACAGCUUGGAGAUGUACAACCCCAGCGAUAGUGGGCCGGAGAUGGAGGAAACGGACAGCAUCCUCAGCACACCCAAACCCAAGCUGAGGCCGUUUUUUGAGGGAAUGUCUCAGUCCAGCUCGCAGACGGAGAUCGGCAGCCUGAACAGCAAAGGCAGUCUGGGGCGAGAUACUUUCAGUCCACAGGGGGAGCCGCCUCCCCUGGAGAAGAUGAAGCCGUCCCGCAGUCGCAAUCUGGACGAGAUCCCAUCUGAGACGGACACUCUGGAGCUCACAGACCAGGAGCUUUUUGCAGAAGUGGGUCCCUGCAUUACAGUGUCAGUGGCUGAGAAACCCCGUACGCCGCUGAAAAGCAGCAAAAAUGAGAUGCAGCCUAUGGCGUCUCCAAGGCUGGACGGGGGCCACACGCCCAGGCAGAGCUGGACGGGGGCCACACGCCCAGGCAGAAGCGCAGCAGCACCACUCCCAUGAAGGAGCGACAGCUGUCCAAGCCUCUGAGCGAACGCACCAACAGCUCCGACUCGGAGAGAUCCCCGGAGCUGGGGCACAGCACACCGGUUCUGAGGAAAGCCGUGUACGAUCAGCUGAACCAGAUCCUGUUAUCGGAUUCUGCUCUCCCUGAAAGCCUCAUCCUGGUCAAUGGCACAGAUUGGCAAGGGCAGUAUGUUGCAGAGCAGCUGCAAGGACAGAGACACCCGGUGGUCUGCACGUGUUCAUCCGCUGAGAUCCAGGCGGUGCUUUCUGCCGUGCUCACGCGCAUCCAGAAAUUCUGUAACUGCAACUCGUCCAUGCCCAGAGCGGUGAAGGUGGUGGCCGUGGGCAGCCACAGUUACCUGGGAGCCAUCCUGCAGUUCUUCGUCACUCAGCUGGCCAACAAAACCUCCGACUGGCUCAACCACAUGCGCUUCCUGGUGGUGCCUCUGGGAUCCCAUCCAGUCGCGAAACACCUGGGGUCCCUGGACAACCGCUACAGCUCCUCCUUCCUGGACGGCGCAUGGAGAGACGUGUUCAGCCGGCCUGAGCCGCCUCAGACAGAUCAGUUGGACGUUUCCGGAAGGAUCAGCCAGUACAUCAGCGGAGCCUCAGUCACCCACCAGCUGCCCAUCGCUGAGGCAAUGCUCACCUGCAAACACAGAACGCGGGAGGAGGAAUCCUACCAGAAGUUCAUCCCCUUCAUCGGGAUCGUAAAGGUGGGCCUCAUCGAGUCUGCAAGCUCUCCCACAGGAGAUCAAGAGGAGGGUGUUGGAGUCAGCUUGGCCGUCCCGUCUACAUCCCCGCCAUCUCACAGCUCCCCCACAGGAAUGAUCAAAGAGGCAGCUACACCGCCCUCCUCCCCCUCCAUGGGCAGCGUCCUCACAGUACAAGGGAGCCCCAGCAUGCCUCACGGCGUGGACGCCAUCGGCCUGCAGGUGGAUUACUGGCUGGCGUCUCUGGCAGACAAGCGGCGGGAGGGCGAGCGACGCGACACGGGCUGCAAGAACACGCUGAAGAGCGCCUUCCGCUCACUGCAGGUCAGCCGGCUACCAGGAGGGGGCAGCAGCGACCCACAGACGCUGGUCAACACCAUGGCCAUGACGGUGGUCACCAAGGAAAAGAACAAGAAAGUUCCCACCAUCUUUCUGGGAAAGAAGCCCAAAGAGAAGGACAUGGACUCUAAGAGCCAGAUGAUCGAAGGCAUCAGCCGCCUCAUCUGCUCGGCAAAGCAGCAACAGACCAUCCUGAAAGUGUCCAUAGACGGCGUCGAGUGGAACGACGUCAAGUUCUUCCAGCUGGCCGCGCAGUGGCCCACUCACGUCAAGUACCUGCCGGUGGGACUUUUCGGCUACAGCAAGCCCCCGUCGUAGGACCGAGCUUCACCUCCUCCGCUCGCCUGACUCUCUUCUCCCCUCACACUCCCUUUUUGCACAAAAAGACCUACAGAGGAGACGCGGAGCAAGCAGCCGGACCAUUUUCCUUUCUUUGAUCCCACGAAAAACCACAUUCGUCCGAUUUCUCCGAGGAGGAGGAGGAGGAGGUGCCGGAGUGCAACGCUGUUACUAGUCACUUUAAUGCUUUUUUUUGUUUUUGCUUUUUUUUUGUGAGUGUGAGUGAAUUAAGUGUGCAUGCACACGUGAAUGUACAUGAUGUUUGUGUGUGUGUGUAUGUGUGAGAUUACAAAGAUAUCACAGCACAAGUUUCUUAGCCAGUCACCAUUUAUGUUUCCGUUUUAAGGAAUGCAGCAGCAUGUAAAAGCGAUCCAGUUUUUAAGCCCUUACUCACUAAACCGGCUGCUUUAUGCCUCAUCCCACCACCUGAUCCCCACACGAACGAGAGAAUUUCUACAUCCGCAAGACAAAAGGACCCACUAACGUAUUUAUUUCAUUUCAAGGGCUUCCAUUUAGCAGUUCUUUUUUUCCUGUAAAAUAAAUUAUAGAUGUUCAAAUGCCAAAAAAUUAAAAAAAGCAAACAUAAGAACUAUAUACAUGUAUAUACGGGGGAAGCGUCUUUUAUUUUAGAACCGUGGUCUUGUGAAAACCAGUGAAACCUUCCCCCUCUUAAUACCCGUUCUGUGAAGCGUAGUGGUAAAUCCGAUGUGCCGUUUUUUUCUUUUGUCCUCAAACGCUAUGCACUUCUGAACACACGUGGACCAUUUCAAUGACUUCAGCUGGUAAUAAAAUACAAUAACCUGACUAAACAUGUAGCAGGUAACUCCCAAUAACAAUGCAUGUGUAAACAGCCCCAAACCCAACAGCAUUGAGGAGCAAUUGGAGGAAGAAGAAAAAAAGUGCGCUUUUCUUAUUUUUCGCUGUAUCCGUUCCUAGAUAGAAGCACAACAGCCAGUUUUCUUCAAAAUCCCGCUUUUAUUGACGACAGAUGCCCAUUAAAAAAAAGAAAAACUUUCCCUGAGACUUGCUGAUAGCACAGGGAAAACAGCGGCCAUGUCGAUCCGUUCUGUGGUUCUGGUGCAGGUCCGCCUUCUCCAGAAUGUUGUGAGGUGAUCAGUGCGUGUACAGAGGUGUAUGUGACGAAUAAAACAUAACGUGGUCAAAAACUUCAAAGAAAAAAAAACCCCUUGAAACUACGAUAAACAGUUUUCUAUAAUGUGACGGGAUGUGUGUAGUGUGUGUGUGCGUGUUUCUGUGUGCUUCGAUGAUGUGGUGAUCGUCAGCGUCACUGAUUACCGGAUCAGGGCUGCAGAAGCUGCAGCGGUCAUCAUCUUCACUUUGUAGCUGCGCACAAGGCAAAGGUGUUGGUUGGGUUUUUUUAGCAGCAAGACAAAUCGAAUAAAAUUAAGAAAUUCUGCUAAAUAAUUGCGUAUUUAAAAUAUUGACUUGUGAUACAUUUAAAAAGACGCUGCCUUGUGUCGUCUACAUGGUAUCUCUCCAUCGCCACUGAAGUAUUACAAAAAUAGUUUUUUUUUUUUUUAAUGGUGUUAAUGCUGAUCUCUUUGUUUAAAAUAAGGUGUGUUGGUUUGAGAAUAGAGGUUUUUGUUGUCUUUUUAUUUUUUAUUUCCCGUGUUGAUGUUACAGUGUUACAGUUGUGAUGUCAACAGCGUGUCUCUUUAUUUUAUUUUCUCUGUUUGUCCCCACCUGAUACACGAGGGUUCAUACCAAAGGCUUCUGACUUCACCGCUGGGCAAAACGCCUCACCUCCUCAUAACUGAAUGUAUCUUCUGUACUUUACGUGUGCUCUCCGCUGAGUUUUAGAAAUGAAAUAUCCCACAGAUGAGAUUUACUUACAUGCAUUUGUUAUUGUGGAAUCAAAACUACACUUAAAAAAAAAUAAGAAUCAAGAUUUAAAGUCUGUAGCACGUUAAUGGGGACAAGUUUUAGAUUCCCAAGUGUUGAACUCUAGUGCCGCGUCCCAAAGGAAUUAAACUUUAAUUAAUCCCAUGCGUUAAAACUUAGUGGCUUUAAAGUGUAGUAAAACAACACACUACAGGGUCUACUUUAUUACUGUGACGGCGGUAUCGCCUUUUCUUGACAGCGGCAGAUAUUUUGUCUCAACAGCAGAUUCUGCAGGACCGCCUUAUGUGUUUACAAAGAUCUCUGACUCCGUGCAUACAGGCGCGAUAUUUAAUACAUUCACAACUUGCCUCUUUUGCAGACAGGUUUGCUGAAGGGCUAAGCCAACGCUGCCCUGAGCCCAUAUGUCUGUUUUGGUUUGGCCGGUCACACCUUUCAGUGUGCUCCUGGCUAAUAGUCUGCGGACAGACUUUGCGUGAAAAAAGUUGCCUUUCUGCGUUAGAAGCGGCGCGCUUUGCCUGGAACUCGGUGCAUUUUAAUAUUGGUGUUUUAGCUGCUCUCUGCACAGUUCUUCCCAAACCCACGGCUGUCUAGACACAAUGCGCUGAGCCGGUCCCUUGGCACGGACUAAAAGGAAGCUGCAACAGCCAACACAUUCUCUUCUUCACCAUCAUCAUUGCACAUGAUUCCAAACACUUGGCUGAACAAAUUUUAACUGAGCUCGUUGAGGGUUGUAGCAGGCAUAGUUGCAUAGCAGCUUUUGGGAGCUGAAUUUAGUGACGGGCAUUUAAAAGUCUUGAACAGAACCACAAUCCAGCACUUGGGACCAAAUCUGGACACCUCCAGUCUCUUAAUGCGUAGAUUUUAGAGCCCUACUUCUCAAAAAGCUAAUACGCACACUGGGUCACAGUAAAGCAAAGAAUAGUUUUAGCUGUAAUCAGUCUGAAACUGCCGUUUAAUUCUUUGUGCAUUAAUUAAAACCAAAUGAAAUUAGCUGGUAAGCUUGGAGAAGCACUCAGUUGCAGAACCCACCAUCCUCAGGAGUAAGUGAAAUCCACAAAGGACCUAAAAGUGGGUUCAUUCCGGUUCUGUACCCCGUCUGGUAAAAAACACACAACUUCAGCUACUUUGUCACUGUUGUUAAAGUAUGCAGAUAUUUUCUUACAAGUUCACAGAAAAUUGUAGUAAAGUGUUAAACAGCAGUUCUCAGCUUGCUUUUGACUUCCCCCAAGUGGCUGGUAGGUUCUACCGGCACCGUUUUAAAUUAAAAUGAGCGGAAAAUGUGAGUAAAAUAUUAACCUAAACGAGGGAGACCAAACCUUUGAAUAGCAUUAUGCCUCGUAACAACUUUCUCCAAAUGGUUUCCUGCUUUACUGAAGUCUGCAUUAAGCUUUAAACGUAUAAGUAACAAUGUGGAAUUUGGACAUUUGAGAAACGGGACUAAAUGCAGGCAUUAGUAAUGAAAUCUUCAGUGUUUUUACAUCACUAUUGGACAUUUCUUACCUAAAACCCAGUUGUGAGCCACACAUCUCUACUCAAUCAAAAAAUGGGAUUUUCUUAUCAUUUAUUAACCUCUGUCCCCCCCACCCCCACCCCUCCUCUGAAAGAGGCCAGAGGUCCUUUAAAGACAGCAUAAAUUGGAAUUAGUCCAAUGAAUACAACUAAGAAGUCAAAUUUUAAAGCGUUAUAGUGAUAUCAACAUUUGAUGUGUUCUCGUCAUUUCGGUGAAGGGCAGCUUGCCUCACCGUCUGAUGUUUCCUACAGCCUCGUUGAAGACGCUGGUCGUUCUGUGUGUAAGUCGUCGACCUGUGUGGGAAUUCCCUUCCCUGUACCUGCGUAUUCGUGUCAACCAGUGAUUGUCGCCGUGGUUCCUCUGUCUGUGGUUGGAGAUUACGAGCUGUUCUGUCCGUCUGGGAUCUCUCUGUGAUCGGCGGUGUCCACAUGUACGUCUUUUUUCACCAGGCUUCCACAAGCUCACCUCUCUGGCAGGACAAACAAAACGCCCUGUACCCUCGCAGCUCGUGAACCGCCCCUCUGUUCCAACGGGUGGUUGGCCCGUUCAAAAAGCAGUGGAUUUCUGCCUGUGGGGUCCUGCUGGGUGCAGAGCCUCCUGAGCUUGUGGACUUGUGAAGAGUAUUUUGCACAUACCAGUUCUCUUCAGCGGCAGUUUUCAUUCUUUUUUUUUUUUUUGCCUUUUGCCUAUAACAGCAAUUAUAAUAAACCAACUAUUAUGCUUGUACAUACCAGAUAGUACUUGAUAUAUAUUUUUGUUUGUUUGUUUUUUUGUUCAUGCGACAUGUUUUGUAGUACUGCUUUUUUCAUGAUUGCGUCUGUCAGUAGAACAGAUGUGGGGUCAACAGUGAAAGUGCUCAUUGUUCGUCUUGUUUUUUUUUAAAUAAAGAUAUUCCUCGUUUGUA